AAAGCUCUUCAGUCUUCAUCUACCGCGUUUUUAGCGUGGACAGUUUUGAGUACCGUCCCUUCUUCUUCCCCAACCGUUUCUGCAAAAAAACACUGUAAAUCCAUCAACACAGACAGAAACAAGAAGCGUUUCUAGGAUCGUGAGGUAAAAAACGCUGAUUGGUGUGUGUGCAUGACGAGCGCAUCGGAGCUUUUCUACAACCGGAGGUCUCGCUACAACAGCCGAACCGCCACCCACGAUCUAGGGUUCGAUUCUCUCCCUCCUCCUCUUCCCGAUCGAAACCACAAUCACAACCGUCGCCAUCACAAUAACCAUCAUGAAUCCGACGGAUGUGAUCCUCUCCUCCGCCGAACCCCUCGCCAUCUCCGCCACCGCGCCUCCCUUCCGGAGCGAGCGGCAAUUGGGGCUGAGCAAGGUGGGGCCCACUCGGGUUCGGGAAAUGGUGUCGGUGCAAGCAGUCCCGGGUUGAGCGGGAACGAGAGGCUUCCUGGGUCUGUUUUGCUCGCUAGGGAAAGGCUUCUUGAGAGGCUGAGAGGGAUGCCUCCUUCACAAACCAGGCAUCGUAGAGCAUUGAACGUUUACGGAAGUGGGCUAGUGCAUGGUGAUGAAUCAAGUCCCUUUGAUGUAAGGGAUUGGGGUACUGAAAUUUUGACUGGUCGGUCAACCGGUGCCUAUCCUUCCACUAACUUGGGCUCCCAAGUUGACAGGCAGCAACUCUUGCAAGAAGCGAACAAGAAGCCUCCGGGUCUCACUCAAGAGGUCCUUGAUUGUCUGAACCCUGAGCUUUUCAGCAGCUCAGAAAUGGAUGUCGAUGGGUUGGUUGUAAGAGCAUCCCGAGAUUGUAGUAUCUGCCUGGAGAGCUUCAUGGAUGGAGAUGAGCUGAUAAACUUGCCUUGUGCGCAUAGAUUCCAUGCUGUCUGCUUGGGUCCCUGGGUUCGAAUUCGAGGGGACUGCCCGUAUUGCCGAAGAGUUAUAGUUGUAAAUAGUCACACUGAUAAAAGGACUACAUAGUUUCUGUUGAGAUGAUUUACUGCUUGGGUUGCUCAUUUGCAGGAAAAGUUUUGGAACUUGACCACCAAAUUAUGGUGAUGCUUUCUGAUUAGAUGCAACGAAUCGUUGUUAUGUUUUGUCUUGCA